CUAAGUUGCAGUGACCUUAUUUUUGGCCAAUCCUGCCAAGGAACAUGGAUAUAAAAGUGCUUCAUCAGACCCCAUUAAGAGCGAAAGGCUGAGGAUAACCAAGCAAAAAGCAAGGAUGAAGUAUCUGAUGCAAGGUUCAAGCUCAACCAAGAGUCAGAAAAUGCUCCUCCAGCUUUUCCUAGUCUCCAUCACUGUGAAUGCCGUUAGCAGCCAAUUAAUAGCGACGACAUCGGCUAACUGUACUUCAUACUUGAGAAAACCAGACUACGCUGACAUCUCAGUGGAGUGUGGCACAAAUUACAUUAGUCUUGCCAUACAACUCUGUCCAGCUGUCUACUCUGGCUUCAAUGAAUCUCAGCUUUUCCUUAACAACAUUAUGAAUGAUCCUAACUGCAAAGGCACCGUGGACACCACCGUCGCUCCUCCUGUUCUCCGCUUCUCCUUUCCCAUUAAUGUGACCAACGGUUGUGGAAGCACCCUCACGACCACCAGUGCUCAAGGCACCGGAAUAUUCUCAGACUUCUCCAAUAUACAGACAGUAAACAUCAGUGGUGUGGUGAAAUCGUAUGACCCCUCAUCCAGCGUUGUGACCUACAACACAGACCUAAAGUACUUUUACUCAUGUUCCUAUCCCCUGGAGUACCUGAUCAACAACACACAGCUUGACGUGUCAUCUUCUGCCAUUGCAGUGAAGGACAGAAAUGGCAGCUUCAUCAGCACAUUGAGCCUCAGGCUGUACAGCGAUGCAGCCUAUACCACACCCUUGGUAAUUCCUUCGCAGGGCAUCGAGCUCAAGUCUAAUGUGUUUGUUCUGGUCCAGGCCACCAACCUCACCACUCAGUACAUGGUGCUGCUGGACAGAUGCUAUGCUUCUGUGUCCCCUUUCCCAGCCACCUCGACCUUUUAUAACUUCUUUGUGGGGUGCACCAAGGAUCAACUGACCAACAUCACUGAGAACGGUCAGAGUCAGAGGGCUCGCUUUUCCUUCCCUGCUUUCCGAUUCAUGGAGCAACAGAACCAGACAAUCUCUAGAUACUACCUGCACUGCAUCACCAGACUGUGUGAGACCGCUACCUGCAACAAUAUAAUUAGGUCUUGCUCCGCAGGCAGAAGGAAAAGAGAUGUGGAACCUACCUCUUCUUCUCUUCUUGUGGACGGACUCACAGAUCCCACCACUCUCAUCUCACCCCUCAUCAUUACCCGAGCUGACACCGCUGCAUCAUCAAAAGAGCAAGCUUUGUCUGGCAGUAAUACUCGCUCGGACUCAUCUGUUGGGCUGGCGGUGACCGUGGGCAUCCUGGCGUUCGUCUGCAUUGGGAUUAUUGGGGCAGCUGUUAUUUUCUACAAGAAGCUCCUAACCUCUGGCGCCUCCAAAAUUUUCCAUGGCUAAAGCUACUAUGGACUGCAGUGACCAUGCUCCAUCUGGGACAGAGGUCAGCUGGUGGAAUAGGGUCACUGUAGCUACUGUAAUUAAUAUUGCAACGCUGUAAUCUUUGGUUCCUAUGAUACAACUUGGUGAAUUUACGUCAAUUAUAGAAAAUAAGAAUGUACAUAUCAGUAAGGUUUAGUGGAAGAAGAAGGGAACUCAUUCUCAAUGUUUACUUCUGGAUGUUUGACACAGCAGCAAAAAGAGGUUAAACUCUUGAGGCAGGGCUUUGAGAGAUUUGACGUAAGGGAAAAGGAAUAGGAAAUAUAUGGCACCUUAGUUCGUAGGUAGGGGAAUAGGAAUGUUUUUGAUUAGAAGUCAAUUAAAAUUUAAAGUAAUUUAUUUCAUUUUGGAAACUGCACGAUUAUGCGAAACACUGCACAUAAGCAACGUGGUCUAUAUCCCUAAGAACAGUAGUUCUUAGCUGCUAAUUUACAGAUAAUCAGCUGCAGCUUUAAAAUAAUUUGGUACUUUGGUUGCUUAUCUGAGUUUUUAUCAAAAUGUCCAUAUAUUGUGUUUCUUAUAGAGACUUGAAACCUUUUUUUAAUUCAAUAUAAUAAAGUGACCUCAAGAUGUACUUGAAUUAGUGAGCCAAAACUGCCACUUAAGUCACUUCAAACAAACCAAAAAAAGACUUGACCGUUUUUAAUCAAUAUCAGAAAACUUGACUUUUGGUUAAUUAACAAAUACAAAUGCAGAUCAAAGCCCUUUGAAGGGAUUAUUUCAGAGAGCAUAGCAAUACUUUUGUUUUGAUGUUUCAAAUGUUCUUGCACUUAUGGUUCUAAUUACACAAUGAUGUCUAAAUUGCAGAUCCAUAUUUGUGAUCCAUUCAUUAAUGCAUGCUACAUAAUGAAUAAACAUCAAUAAACAAGUCAA